AAGCGUACCAACGCGCGCGGGGGGGGGACGGCAAAAGGGAGCACUAGAAUGCUGGUGACGUCACUCUCGGGCGACCUCGCUGCGCCGCUAUGAGCGGGGAUGAUGAGGUGAAUCUCCUAGUCAUUGUCGUUGAUGCUAACCCUAUCUGGUGGGGCAAGCAGGCCUUGUUGGGCUCAGAGCUCACAUUAUCAAAAUGCCUCGAUGCAGCCAUGGUGUUGGGAAACUCACACUUAUUUAUGAAUCGCAACAACAAACUUGCUGUGAUAGCCAGUCAUAUACAAGAAAGCCGUUUCCUGUAUCCUGGAAAACAUUGGGCAGCCUUCGAUCUCUUUGGAGAAUCUGGGGAAGCAAAUAUUUCUGGUAGCAAAGAUGGAAAAUACGAAGUCUUAACCACCAUAAAUGAAACCACCGCAGAGGAGAUGAAGGACUUGAUGACCAACACUGAAGUAAAGGGGCAGCAGACGGAAACUUUGCUGGCUGGAUCUCUCGCAAAAGCACUGUGCUAUAUUCACAGGGUAACAAAAGAAAGUAAAACCAGCCAGGAAAUAAAAUCCAGGAUUUUGGUCAUAAAAGCGGCUGAAGAUAGCGCAUUACAAUAUAUGAAUUUCAUGAAUGUGAUCUUUGCAGCCCAGAAACGGAGUAUUUUAAUCGAUGCCUGCGUAUUGGACUCCGAUUCAGGACUUUUGCAGCAGGCAUGUGAUAUAACUGGCGGAAUCUACUUGAAAAUUCCAUACAAGCCCUCGCUUCUUCAGUAUUUGCUGUGGGUUUAUCUGCCUGAUCAAGAUCAGAGAUCCCAGCUGAUCCUCCCUCCGCCCGUUCACGUGGAUUACCGUGCUGCCUGCUUCUGCCACAGGAAUCUUAUUGAAAUUGGCUACGUCUGUUCAGUGUGUUUGUCAAUAUUUUGCAACUUCAGUCCAAUUUGCACCACUUGUGAAACUGCUUUCAAGAUUUCACUGCCGGCUGUCAUGAAGUCGAAGAAAAAGAAACUGAAAGUCAUGAUGUAGCUGCGUCAUCGAUUUCUCUUGCCCUCUGCAUGGAAUCCUGUCUCCCAGAUUGUAACUGUAAAGCUACAAAAAUGGGGGGGGGCGCCAGGAGAACCCAAAUGUAUUUUUGAAAUGAUCAACAAAGGGCUAAACUUUUCAGAACUUUUUACUAAAGUGUUUUCAAAAUCAGGUUUCUGCCAACACCUGAAAUUGGAGAAGAAGAAAAUAAACAAAAGUUGGCAUGUAAAACUCAUUUCAAGUGUUGUAGGUAGAGAAAUCGAGCUGGUUUCAGUCUUGAUACCUUAAUUCCAGACAAAACCCCUUUUAUUUAAGUUAAAAUUGUGAUGGAUUGACAUUUCAGGGCUCCUGCGCUGGUCCCUGCAGCGCAGGAGCAGGAAGAGAAACUUUGAUUUUUUUAAAAAAGAAUUCAGUUCACAGCUAUUGUAAGCUACAUUUUUCAUUAUGGUUAAUAGCAGGCCUAAAAGAUUUCUAAUUCCCACUUUUGACAGCAGUAUCUGCAUCUGAGCGUAUCUCAAGGGGUUUUUUUUUGGGCUGGGUUUAUGUUAACCCAAACCCACAAAGUUUAUUCCAGUGGAAUCCUCAAUAUUCCUUAACAGUUUUGGUAGUAAAAAUUGCCUAUCGGUUUCUCUUUUAUGGGCAGCAAAGAUCUCACACCUUUGGUCUAGAAAACUUUGCUCAAGGCAAGUUGGUUGAUUUUGAGGAGAAUUUUUUGAAAAAAAUUAAUAUUUCAUCUUGGUUUAUGCACAUUGGUUUAUGAUAAUUUAGCGCGUGUUUCCCUCUCCAGUUAGCAUUAAUGUCCAACACAGCCAAAGCACCAUUCAUGCCAUCCUUUAAAUAUUGUGACUCCUUUUUUUUAUGAAUGCAAAUCAAAGAUUUGCUCUCUUAUUUAAGCGGGCGUUCCUUACUUCCUAGAAUCAAUUGAAUUUGUUUAAUUGGUUGAGAUGCCUCUUCCUUCUUAGCGUUGACUCAUUGGAUGCUAUUUUUGUUUUUGUUUUGUCUUUUUUCACUGGUCCUCAAUAAAAGUACUUUGGAAGAAAGGGAUACUUUCUGUACGCUAUUCUUU